CGACCGGCCCGAGAGCUUCAUUUGCGACAGUUGUCGUUCGGUCGCUCUCAAGGAAUCAUCUCGGCUCUAUCGUGAACCGACUCCACUCGAAAGAUUUUUAGAAAAACCCUUCAAAAGUAUUCGAAAGAAUCUCAAACGAUUCUCGAAUAACACUCGAAGAAAAUUUAUUUAAUAACUUUUAACGAACUGGCAAGCCUUUGUCAAGGGACUAUCAAACGAUUCUGAAGAAACUUUUAGGAGCUCGUGAGCAGCUGUUGAUAGAAUUAGAAGAAAGGAUUUAGUGUAAACAUCAGUUACGAAAUUUCGGGAUGGUGAAUCUAAAAAGCGCUCUGGGCGCUGACGAGCUUACCGACAAGAAGGCCGGACUUCCACGUGGUCUUUUGGCAGAAUUUCUUGGCACCCUGUUCCUCAACUUCUUCGGUUGUGGUGCCGUGGUAACUGACAAUGUUGUCGCUAUCGGUCUGGCUUUCGGUUUGGUGGUAGCGAGUGCAAUUCAGGGGAUAGGUCACGUUUCCGGUGGUCACGUCAAUCCGGCAGUCACUUGUGGUCUCAUCAUCAUCGGCAAGGUACCGAUCAUCAGGGGCAUUCUAUAUAUCAUUGCACAAUGUGCGGGCGCUAUCGCAGGCUCGGCAAUUCUGCGAGCCCUUUCGGCGGAUUCAAUGGAGCACGCCCUAGGUGUAGUGAAGCUCUCUGACGGGAUCACUCCGGUUCAAGGACUCGGUGUGGAGUUCCUCCUCGCGUUGAUCCUGGUCCUGGUUAUCUGCGGCGCGUGCGAUGCUGCUAAACCGGACAGCAAAGGCGUCGCGCCUCUCCUAAUCGGCCUGGUGGUCACCGUCGGCCAUAUUGUCGGCAUCCCGCGAACGGGCGCUGGAAUGAAUCCAGCGCGUUCGCUGGGCAGCGCCGUGGUGAUGGGUGCCUUCCAUGAUCAUUGGGUGUACUGGGUAGGCCCGAUUAUGGGCGGCAUCGCUGGUGCGUUAAUUUAUGUACACGCAGUUGGACCCGCCAAGGAACCAGAAGUCCCCGUAAGGACCUAUGCUUCCGUUGCCAAUGAAGAGAAGGAGAGGUUCGAGUAUAUUGACAGCGGACAUAACGGACUUUAAGCUCCAGAAUCUUACCAGGAAACACAUCAAUCCCGCUUGAUGCUCUAAUCAACAUUUUAUAACAAUCUUGUCAGUUCGCCAAUUGUGUGUUAUCGAUAAUAUAAUAAAAAUUAUUAAAUGGCUUUUAUUGUGAAAAGUACGAAACGCAAAUUGGAAAACGAAGUUUAAAAUUGUAUUACUUUUUAAAUGAAUAUUAUUAGAAAAGUGUCGGUUUCUAAUGAUCGCUAAGGACGAUCUAGAAAUGCAAUUAUCACAAUUACAAUUAAUCUUAAAUUAAAAAAUAAAACUUUUUAUAAGAUUUCCACACUUUUGUUGGUUUUGUUAACAAUUUUGUUGAAAUCAAAGCAUUUAAAAACAUAUUAUAAGGUCAAAUAUAUAAU